CACCACCUGCACACGCCCAUGUUCUUCUUCCUGCUCAACCUGGCCCUCAGCGACCUGGGCUCCAUCUGCACCACUGUCCCCAAAGCCAUGCACAAUUCCCUCUGGGACACCAGGGACAUCUCCUACACUGGAUGUGCUGCCCAAGUCUUUCUGAUUUUCUUCUUCCUGUCAGCAGAGUAUUUCCUCCUGACCGUCAUGUGCUACGACCGCUAUGUGUCCAUCUGCAAACCCCUGCACUACGGGACCCUCCUGGGCAGCAGAGGUUCUGUCCACAUGGCAGCAGCCGCUUGGGCCAGUGCCUUUCUGUAUUCACUGCCACACACAGCCAAUACAUUUUCCCUGCCCCUCUGCCAUGGCAAUGCCCUGGGUCAGUUCUUCUGUGAAAUCCCACAGAUCCUCAAUCUCAAAUCCUAUCUCAGAGAACUUGGGCUCCCUGUGUUUUCCAUCUGUUUAGCAUUUGGUUGUUUUAUGUUCAUAGUUUUCUCCUAUGUGCAGAUCUUCAGGGCUGUGCUGAAGAUGCCCUCUGAGCAGGGACAGCACAAAGCCUUUUCCACCUGCCUCCCUCACCUGGCAGUGAUCUGUCUGUUCCUCAGCACGAGUACAUUUUAUUAUCUCAAGCCCCCCUCCAUGUCCUCCCCAUCCCUGGAUCUGGCCCUGUCAGUUCUGUACUCGGUGGUGCCUCCAGCCCUGAACCCCCUCAUCUACAGCCUGAGGAACCAGGAGCUCAAGGCUGCAGUGUGGAGACUGAUGACUUGUUGCUUUCAGAAACAUUAA